UACGCCUCCCGCAGCAGGGAAAACGCGGCCUAAAACCCAACAACAACAACUAGGAUCGAAUCGGCCCUUCACUCUCCAACGCUCUUUCUCUCAUUUUCUCUCUCCUCCCUUUGAUUCGAUUUCUAUCCCUCUCAGUUUUUAUUGGUUCGGUCCGUCCAGCAGAAUUCUAGGGUUCUUGGUGCGUUUGGGCUGGCGGGUUUCGGGUUCGGGGGGAGUGAUGGACUCCGAGGAUGACAUGCAUGACGCCAACGACCUGGAGUCGGUGGACGACGAUUUCUAUAGCGGGGACACCGCGAUGGGCAGCGAUGAUGGCGACGAUUUCGAUUUCGUCGACAACGAGUCGGAUGACUCCGAGGACAUCACCUACCACCGCCAGCAGCAAAAUUAUACUAUUUUAAGUGAAGCUGAUAUAAGACUGCGCCAAGAAGAAGACAUUAGUAGGGUUUCAACUGUGCUUUCAAUAUCCAGAUCAGCUGCAUGCAUUCUCCUACGCCAUUAUCAAUGGAGUGUUAGUCGAGUAAACGAUGAAUGGUUUGCAGAUGAAGAACAUGUUCGAAAGGUUGUUGGUCUGUUGGAGAAGCUAGUUGAAGUGCAGAAUUCUAGAGAGCUUACUUGUGGAAUUUGUUUCGAAAACUAUCCUCAGGACAGGAUGACCUCUGCUAUUUGUGGCCAUCCUUUUUGUGGCACUUGCUGGAGAGGUUAUGUUGGCACCUCAAUAAGCGAUGGCCCUGGAUGCUUAAUGCUGAGGUGUCCAGAUCCAUCAUGUGGUGCUGCUGUUGGUCAAGACAUGAUUGAUCUAUUGGCUAGUCAUGAAGAUAAAGAGAAAUAUUCUCGCUAUCUUCUUAGAUCUUAUAUUGAAGAUAAUAGAAAGACAAAAUGGUGCCCUGCUCCUGGUUGUGAAUUUGCGGUUGAGUAUGUAAUUGGCAGUGGAAUCUAUGAUAUUUGCUGCAAUUGCUCAUAUGGCUUCUGUUGGAAUUGCACUGAGGAGGCUCAUCGGCCAGUUGAUUGUGAUACAGUGGCAAAAUGGAUACUGAAAAACAGUGCUGAAUCUGAGAAUAUGAACUGGAUAUUGGCAAAUUCAAAACCUUGUCCUAAGUGCAAACGCCCAAUUGAGAAAAAUCAAGGAUGCAUGCAUAUUACAUGUACACCUCCUUGUAAAUUCGAGUUUUGCUGGCUGUGUCUUGGUCCAUGGUCAGAACAUGGGGAAAGGACUGGUGGCUUUUACGCCUGUAAUCGCUAUGAAGCUGCAAAGCAGGAAGGAGCGUAUGAUGAAUCUGAAAGAAGAAGAGAAAUGGCUAAAAAUUCUCUGGAAAGAUAUACUCAUUACUAUGAACGAUGGGCAACUAAUCAGUCAUCAAGGCAAAAGGCACUUUCAGAUUUACAUAGCAUGCAAAAUGAAAAGCUUGAGAAACUGAGUGACCGACAAAGCCAACCUGAGUCACAGCUCAAGUUCAUAAUAGAAGCCUGGUUACAGAUUGUGGAAUGUAGGCGAGUGUUGAAAUGGACAUAUGCGUAUGGUUAUUACCUACCUGAGCACGAACAUGCCAAGAGACAGUUCUUUGAAUAUUUGCAAGGUGAGGCCGAGUCUGGAUUGGAACGUCUUCAUCAAUGCGCUGAGAAGGAGCUCCAGGUAUACCUUGAUGCAGAAACUCCUAUGAAAGAUUUCAAUGAUUUCCGCACCAAGUUAGCUGGUUUGACGAGUGUGACCCGCAACUACUUUGAAAACCUAGUCCGAGCCCUGGAGACUGGUUUAAAGGAUGUAGGCUCUUCUAAUAGCGAAGCUACCUGUAGUAAAACUUCAAGUUCGAAGAGUUUGGGCACAAAGGGAAAGGGUGGUAAGUCUAAAGCAACAGGAAACAAUUCCAGAUUAGCUGGUGGUCCCAGUCACAGUUUGGAUGAGAGCAACCUCUGGUCCUGCGAUCACUGCACCUAUGCCAACCCUAAAUCUGCCAAGGCAUGCCAGAUGUGCGAGCAUCGGAGGUAGAACAGUGAGAGCAUCUUCCCAAUGGCAGUUUCAUCUGUCUUCACAUCGCCAGUCUCAUCUGUCUGUAAAGAAACAUUAAAGUUAUUUUGGUAGGAUCUAGUUCUGUGAUCAUUCCACAAGCCAGUGCCCAUGAUCUAAGGUUAUUUGCACAUUGCAAGAAGGGAAAUGAAAUAACAGGAAACCUAUUGCGAGGGGAGGAAAAAUGAAACAAAAGAAUUCUGUUUAUGUAUGUUUGUUAAAUUAUAAGCUGAUAGUUUCAUUGUACUAUCUUGUUAAAUAUAUGUAUAUAGAUUUUUAAUGGUGGCUCUUUUCCAAA